AUGAUAAAGGUCAUGGGUGGAAGGUCCCUAAAACUUCUCUAUGCGUUUUUAACGCUUUUCCUACAUUUGAAACCAGCCCUUGGAUUCACUUCAGGUGUUGGAAAUGGCAGCGUUUUGUGCAUAGAGAAGGAGAGACAAGCCCUCCUUGAGUUCAAAAAAGGCUUUGUUAAUGGCAACGACAAGCUCUCUUCGUGGGGGAGUGAAGAUGAAAAGGAUUGCUGCAAUUGGGACGGAGUUUACUGCGACAGCCAAACAGGCCAUGUAAUUGAGCUACACAUUGAUCUCCAUGGUUUGCGAGGUAUGAUUAGUCCUUCAUUACUUGAGUUGCCUUAUUUGACUUAUCUGGAUCUCAGUCACAAUGAUUUUAAUCAAAGCCAUAUUCCAAAGUCUAUCGGUUCUCUCGGUAACUUAAAUUACCUUGAUCUCUCUUCGGCCAAUCUCAGUGGACCGAUUCCACAUCAACUUGGAAACCUUUCACUCUUGCAAUCUCUUCAACUCGGUAAUAAUGAUUUUAAUCAAAGUCAUAUUCCAAAGUCUAUUGGUUCUCUCAGUAAUUUAAAAGACCUCGGUCUCUCUUCGGCCAAUCUCAGUGGACCGAUUCCACAUCAACUUGGAAACCUCUCACUCUUGCAAAAUCUCUAUCUCCAUGGUAAUGAUUUGAAAAUUGUUGAAAAUCUCGAAUGGCUUCCUCGUCUGUCUUCAAUAAAAAACCUUGGCCUAAGUUCCACAAAUCUCAGUGUAGCCAAUGAUUGGCUGAAAGUUGCGAGUCAUCUCCCUAAACUAUCAAACUUGAACUUGGCAAUGUGUGAUCUUCCUCCUAUCACUGAUCUCUCGUCUCUCCCCCAUGUUAACUUUUCUAAAUCUCUCAAUUAUAUUGAUCUUUCUACUAACCACGUCACUCAAUCAAUAUUUCCGUGGUUGUUCAACUAUAGUACGAGCUUGGUUGAGAUUUACCUCUCUGAUAACCAGUUAGGAGGUUCAAUUCCAGAUGCUUCUGGUAACAUGAAUUCUCUUGAAACUCUCAUUCUUGAUGAGAAUCAACUUGAAGGAGGCAUUCCAAAAUUCUUUGGUAAUAUGUGCGCUUUACAGCAUUUGUCUAUAAGGAACAAUAAACUGACUGGACAACUGGCAGAGCUCAUCCAUAACUUGCUUGGGUGUGUGCAAUACUCAUUAACGUGGUUGUCUUUAGAUGGGAAUCAAUUGAAGGGGUCAGUGCCUAAAAGCAUCGGAAACCUAUCUGAGCUAGAAAGUUUGUAUCUUGGUUCCAAUCUUUUGGAAGGUGAAAUCUCUGAACAACAUUUUUCAAAUCUUUCCAGAUUAAAGGAAUUGUCAUUAUCUCAUAAUUUUUUGACUUUAAAAUUAAGCAGUGAUUGGGUGCCCCCUUUCACGUUGACUACCUUAGAUUUGUCAUUUUGUAACCUGGGUCCUGAUUUCCCAAAAUGGUUACGUACUCAGGAACCCUUUUUUUACCUCGAUAUCUCCCAUAACGGAAUUUCAGAUACCAUCCCUUCGUGGUUUUGGUACGAAAUGGUAUCCUUUACUAUAAAUCUUUCCUACAACCAAAUUAGGGGCAUGUUGCCAAAUGAACCACUUAAUGAUAACAUGUUUAUCUUAAAUCUCUCCAACAAUAAGUUUUCGGGGAUUUUAAAUAAUUUUUUAUGCUCCACUUCGGUGCAAUCCUUGAUUUACCUUGAUCUCUCAAACAACCAGCUAUCUGGAGGCCUCGAUGUUUGUUUCGGUCAAUUGCCAGAAGUAAGAGUUCUAAAUUUGGCCAACAAUAAUUUGUCUGGACAAAUUCCCAACUCUAUGGGCUCUUUGAUAGAACUUAGAGUAUUAGAUUUGAGCAACAACAGCUUCUUGGGAGAAUUGCCAUUGUCAUUACAAAAUUGCACAGAGUUGUCAUUUAUAAAUCUAAGAGACAAUUCAUUUUCGGGAAAGCUACCAGCUUGGAUGGGAGAAAGCCUGUUAUCUUUGAUCAUUCUUGACCUUCACUCCAAUAAGUUUCAUGGAUGCAUACCGCUACAACUAUGCCGGUUAGCACAUACUCAAUUUUUUGACUUGUCUCAAAAUAAUAUUUCUGGAAAUAUUCCACGAUGCCUUUAUAAUUUGACUGCCAUGGCUUUUAGAAAAACAAAUAAUAAGCAUACUAAAGUAGAUUUUUUUACAUCUACGGAUGGCACUCAAGUUACGUUUACAACUGUUGGGGGCAAUUAUACUAUCAAUACAAUUGUCAGUUGGAAAGGACAGUCUUACGUCUAUGGAAAGAAUUUUGGAGAGAUGAGAAGUAUAGAUCUCUCAAGUAAUAAAUUAACCGGAGAAAUUCCAACAGAGAUUUUCAACCUUACAGAAUUGAAAACAUUGAACUUAGCAGGAAACAUGUUGACAGGACUAAUUCCUCAAGAGAUUGGUCGUAUGAAACAGUUAGAAUCCCUGGAUUUGUCGAGAAAUCAACUUUCUGGUUCAAUUCCUGCUAGCAUUGCUGAUCUGAAUUUUUUGAGUUUCCUGAACUUGUCAUAUAACAAAUUGUCGGGAAGAAUUCCAACAGGCACUCAAAUCCAGAUCGCUAACCCUUCUGGAUUCAUUGGCAAUCUUGCACUCUGUGGCCCUCCACUUACACCGAAGUGUCCAGGAGAUGUGGAACCAAAUGCUAAGUCACCUAAAGGCGGUAGUAAAAACAAUCAAGAAGAUGAAGAUGAAUUCCUGAAAUGUCUUUAUAUUGGUAUGGGGCUUGGUUUCAUGGUGGGCUUUUGGGGAGUUUGUGGCUCUUUGAUGUUGAACCGUUCCUGGAGACAUCUAUAUUUCCGGACAACAAGCAACUUGAAUGAUUGGCUCUAUGUGGCAAUGAUAGUGAAUAUUGCAAGAUUGCAAAGGACGUUUCAAGGCUAAGGAAUACAGCACUUUCGCUAAAAGGUCUCGACAAUAAGAAAAAACUUUGUCCAAGAUUACGUGUGUGAUGUGCCUAUGAUUUUACAUGCUUUUCUUAUUCUUGGAUUCACAUCCAUGUUGCGGUGGAAGCUUAAUUUGGAUUACACUUGAUCUUAAUAUUAUAGUAGGAUGAAAUUGUUUGUACUUUUUUUUUUCCUUAAAAAAAAAAUUGUGUGGCAGGUCUUGGAAUUGCCUUAAAUAAAUUGCUUGUACCGAAUUCCUUAA